AUGCCUGGAGACAGAGCCACGGACACCUCCUACCCUCCUGCUGCACCCAUGGCAGCCUUCCUGGGGGCUGCAGGUGAGGGAUCCCCGUGUGCCCCUGGUCUUGGGUGGGCUGGCGAGGGGCCAGGGGCCAGCGGCAAGAACCGGCGCGUGUGCCACGCCGUGGCACGGCUGGAGAUGGGCAGCCUCUGGGAGGAGUUCAACCGCCUGGGCACCGAGAUGAUCGUCACCAAAGCGGGCAGGAGGAUGUUUCCCACCUUCCAGGUGAAGCUGUCGGGGUUGGAUCCGCUGGCUGACUACGUCUUGCUCAUGGAUUUCAUCCCGCUUGACGACAAGAGAUACAGAUACGCCUUCCACAGCUCCUCCUGGCUGGCGGCGGGCCGGGCCGAGCCGGCAGCUCCCGGACGUGUCCACUUCCACCCCGACUCCCCCGCCAAGGGCGCCCAGUGGAUGCGGCAGAUCGUCUCCUUCGACAAGCUCAAGCUGACCAACAACCUCCUGGACGACAACGGCCACAUCAUCCUCAACUCCAUGCACCGCUACCAGCCCCGAUUCCACGUCGUCCUCGUGGACCCGCGGCGCGACAGCGAGCGCUUCGCCCACCAGAACUUCAAGUCCUUCAGCUUCCCCGAGACCCAGUUCAUGGCGGUGACGGCCUACCAGAACCACCGGAUCACCCAGCUGAAGAUCGCCAGCAACCCCUUCGCCAAGGGAUUUCGGGAUGGAGACCCCGAGCCAUGGUGUGGGGUGCCGGCAGGGUCGCUGCUGGGGGCGACAACCCGCGCCCGGGCCGCCCCACUGCCCCCCCGCCCCGAGAAGCAGGAGAAAGCCACGGGGCGCUGGUUGCUGCCGCCCAACAACCAGCGGCACCCCCCAAUUUCCCCGAGCUCCCUGCACCUCCCUUCCAGCCCCUGA